GUGUCCCUCACAGCGCCCUGUACUGACGGCGCCGUGAAAGAGGAAGCUGCGGCGCGCUGCUGCUUUGUUUUGGUUUUUGUUGUUGUAAUAAAACUUUUCUGUAAACAGGAUAAACCUAUUCAACCGGGAGAAAUAUGUCGCAGGAUCUCUGGUUACAAAAUUAUGAUGCUACUUGCCGACUGGCGCAAGAGAUCGCAGAAAACAUCCACGAGAGGAACAGACUGCAGAGAACCGGCAGCAACCCUGCCAAGCUGAACAUGACUCUGAGAGCGUCACUGCAGAAACUGAAGCAGAACAUUGCACAGCUGAGAGAGACGCUGGUUCGAGCCUCAUCCCAGCGCCGCAUUAUGCAGUCAGAAGCCGACAGAAGGCAGAACCUGGUUGACGACCUGGUGACGAGAGAAAAGCAACUGUGUGCCUCGUUCAGCCGGGACGGCACUGACCCGGAGCCUUCACGGUCGAGCCUGAUGUCAGGUGGGCCAGGUGGGGCAGGUUCUGCCAACCCAUGGCUGGUCAAUGAAUCAGAGGAGACGCAAGGCCUGUCGUUUGGAGAAAUUAAACAGCAGCAGCAACGCAUCAUUGAAGCUCAGGAUGCUGGUCUGGAUGCUCUGGCUGCAGUGAUCAGCAGGCAGAAGCGGAUGGGUGAGGAGAUCGGGAAUGAACUAGACGAUCAGAACGAGAUCAUUGAUGAUAUCACUCAUCUGGUGGAUAAGACGGACAGCCGCAUCCGUAAUGAAACGCGGAGGGUUAAACUGGUGGAGACCAAGUCUGCGUCCUGUGGUAUGCUGGUGGUGAUCGUGUUGCUGCUGAUUGCCAUCAUUGUGGUGGCAGCGUGGCCGACAUAAUGAAGCGAGAACGCUGCAGGUCGGAGUUCCUGCACAGGCGCUGAAGGACAAGUGGUGGUGCUCUGAUCUGACCACUCCUACUGCAUACAUACUUACUCUUUUGGAGGGUAACAUUGUUUCCAAAAUCAUGAGCCAAGGAGAAGUCUUACAAAACGUAAAAUGUCUUAUCUGUACUGCUGUCAUUUCUUCCUACAUCUUCCUAGAACAACCUACUGUUCUAGUUCAUUUUCAAAGGAAAGAAAUAUUUGAAAAACA